AUGUCUCCAAUAAACUUAAAAGUAUCGAAGCUUCUGGAGAUGUUUAAGGGGUUGAAAUCGGAUGCAGUUCCGAGGGCUCCAAGGUCAUCAGCAGAGACGGUACCACCACCGUCUCAACCUGAUGAGAACAAUUUGAAUGGGGACCAUGAGGAAGAACAGGAGGAAGAAAUCAUUAUAGAGUCAAUAUCUGACGACGAUAAUGAAAUAAAAAAAGAAAAGAAGUCUAAUAAGAAAAAAAAGACAAGCAAAUCGAAGAAACCACUCACAGACGAUGAGGAAGAGUAUUCAAAGUCAUAUGAAGAAAAACGCGGCAGCGCUAGUUCAGUAAAUGUUCAAACUAGUGGAACUGUCUGUUACAACAUAGUCAAUUCUCGUGGAGUUAGAUUGGGAAAUGAUUACUAUUUUGGUCCAGUCACCACAAUGGGCAACAAGACUGACAAAGGGAAAGACUAUGAAGAGGAACCUAUUAAGAAAGAUAAUUAUAUUCGAAUGCUUAUGGAAGCUACAAUACGGCCUAACCAUGACUACUUGGAUUACAUAUCAAAAAAUCUUGGCAAAACAUGGAAGAGUUUCUUCAGGACACUUGGUUACACGGAGGGAAGAAUUGAUACUGCCGAACUAGAUGCAGUAAACCGUGGUUACAGUAUAAGUGAGGCUCGGUACAAGCUACUAUUGGAGUGGGUGAACAACGAGGAUGAAGCAACACUUGGACAACUAGCUACAUUGCUGUGGCGAGAAGGAGAGCGAAGCAUUGUCAAAGACCUCUCCACCAUAUACAAGAAGAGUAAAAAGAAAUGA